GUGCGGGCUGGGCGGCCGGGCCGCGGCGCGAUGGGCCCGGGGCAGCCGCCGCGGUAGCUCGGCUGGAGCGGCUCCGGGAGCGGGCGGGCGGCGGGCGCGGAGGCGGCGGCGCGGCCGGAGAUGCGCCCCGAGGAGGGCGGCGCGGCCGGGCUGGGCGAGCUGCGCUCGUGGUGGGAAGUGCCGGCCAUCGCGCACUUCUGCUCGCUCUUCCGCACGGCGUUCCGCCUGCCGGACUUCGAGAUCGAGGAGUUAGAAGCAGCUCUCCACAGAGAUGACGUGGAGUUCAUCAGCGACCUGAUCGCCCGCCUGCUCCAGGGCUGCUAUCAGCGAAGGGACAUCACGCCUCAGACCUUCCACAGCUACCUGGAGGACAUCAUCAACUACCGCUGGGAGCUGGAGGAGGGGAAGCCCAACCCUCUGCGGGAGGCCAGCUUCCAGGACCUGCCCCUGCGCACCCGAGUGGAGAUUCUCCACCGCCUCUGUGACUACCGGCUGGACGCAGACGACGUCUUCGACCUCCUCAAGGGCCUGGACGCAGACAGUCUCCGUGUGGAGCCGCUGGGCGAGGACAGCUCGGGGGCCCUCUACUGGUAUUUUUACGGAACGCGAAUGUACAAGGAGGACCCGGCACAAGGGGGGUCCCAUGGAGAGCUCGCUCUGAGCAGGGAAAGUGAAGGACAAAAGAAUGUCUCAAGUGUUCCUGGGAAAACAGGUAAAAGAAGAGGAAGACCCCCAAAACGGAAAAAACUACAGGAGGACACUUUCAUGAGUGACAAGCAGGAAGAGAACUCCUCAGCAUCUGAGUUGCAGACGAGAAACGGGUCCCAGGGACCAGGGCAAGGCUCCUGGUGGCUCCUGUGCCAGACUGAGCAGGAGUGGAGACAGGUCACCGAGAGUUUCCGGGAGAGGACCUCUGUACGAGAGCGCCAGCUCUACAAACUGCUCAGCGAGGACUUCCUGCCUGAGAUCUGCAGCAUGAUCGCCCAGAAGGAGACCCCUGUGCUCAGCAGGCUAGAGAAACAGAAGCGCCGGGAGGAGGAGGAGGAGCGCCAGAUCCUUCUCGCGGUGCAGAAGAAGGAGCAGGAGCAACUGUUGAAGGAGGAGAGGAAGCGGGAGCUGGAGGAGAGGGUCAAGGCCGUGGAAGAUCGAGCCAAGAGGCGACGGCUCAGGGAGGAACGGGCCUGGCUGCUGGCCCAGGGGAAGGCGCUGCCCCCCCAGCUGUCCCACCUGGACCCCCAGUCCCCGCCUCGGGCCGAGAAGAGGACGAGAGACCCCUUCGAGCUAGAUGAUGACUUCACCGCCAUGUACAAAGUUCUGGACGUGGUGAAGGCUCACAAGGAUUCCUGGCCCUUUUUGGAACCAGUGGAUGAAUCGUAUGCCCCUAACUACUACCAGAUCAUUAAGGUCCCCAUGGAUAUUUCAAGCAUGGAGAAGAAACUGAAUGGAGGUUCAUACUGUACCAAGGAGGAGUUUGUGAACGACAUGAAGACUAUGUUCAGGAAUUGUCGAAAAUACAAUGGGGAGAGCAGCGAGUACACCAAGAUGUCGGACAACCUGGAAAGGUGCUUCCACCGUGCGAUGCUGAAGCAUUUUCCUGGGGAGGACGGGGACACAGACGAGGAGCCGUGGAUGCGGGAGGAGGAGAGGCGGGAGAAGAGGCGGGGGCGGGGCGCGAGGGGCCACGUGUGCACCCGCUCCCGGGACUCGGAGGCAGCGGGCCGGAGGCAGCCCGCGGAGAACGGAGGGAAGGCGCUGCCCCUGGGCCGCCGUGCCACUGCCUCUGGGGCCAGUCAGAGCAGCUCCGUUCAGCCCCCUGGCCAGAGGCCAGCAGGACAGGGAGCGUUUUGUCCUCUCCGGGGGUCGGAUCCUGCUGCAGUCAGUGUCUCCUCUGGAGCCCCGGGCCCGCCCGCCCGUGGGCCUGGCCUGCAGCCCCCGCCUCUGGCGGUGCAGCCUCCAGCUGGAAUUAACCACCACCGAGGCCCCGGGUGUGGCCCCCCUGAUGAGAAGCUGGCCUGCGGAGGGCUGGCCUCCCUUGCUGACAUGGGCUCUCGACCUGGACCCUUGCCGCUCGGUCAGAUGAGCGGCCCCAGCCAGGAUGGGCGCGUGUAUCCCCCGACUCAUUUCCAGCCAGGGCUCCUUCCUCCCAGGCACGGGGGUGCUCCAGCCCGACCCCCAGACUUCCCCGAGAGCCCAGAAGUCCCUCCCGGCCACAUGUACCGACCCUACAAGUACCUGAGCCGAGUGCACUCUGCGGUCUGGAACGGGAGCCACGGUGCCGCAAACCCAGGACCCUUGGGGCCAGACGAGAAGCCCCCCGUAGGGCCAGGACCUUCUCACCAGCCCCGCCCUUUGGGUCACAUGAUGGAUUCCCGACUGAUGAGACCUCCCCUCCCCCCAAACCAGUGGACAGAACAAUCCGGCUUCCUACCUCACAGCGUUCCUCCUUCAGGGUACCUGCACCCCCCAUGUAAACCUGGUGCACAGCGGCUCCAGCCCCCUGCAGCCCCAGCACUGGGUUCUCUGUUUGGAGCUCCGGCCCCAGCCCUGCGGGGCGUGCAGGGUGGGGACUCCAUGCUGGACAGCCCCGAGAUGCUGGCCAUGCAGCAGCUCUCCUCCCGUGGAUGCCCGCCAGGCGUGCCUUACCACCCCCGCCAGCCUGCACCGCCCCGCCUGCCUGGCCCUUUCCCACCCAUGGGCCUGGUGACCCCCAAGCCUGCCUCAGGGGACCCUGGGAGGACACAGGACAGCAGUGACGUGCAGGAGCCUGAGAACGGCCAAGCGGAUCCCUUGCCUGGGCUGGAGGAGAGACCAGCGAGUGUCGGUGCUUCAGAGGGGGCGUUCCUCAAGCAGCUACCUCACCCUGCGCCCCCUCUGCAGGCCGACUUUGCCAGGCGGAGCUCACCCCAAGGAAGGGGCCCAGAGGGCCCAGAGCUCAGGCCGGAGUCCUCGGAACCUGGGGACGGCUGCCCAGCGAGCACGGUCAGGUCUGCCUGGCUCUCAGGGAGUGGCUUCGCCAGCCCACCCGCCCAGGCAUGCACCCUGGCAGACCUGGGGCCGCUGCCUGAAAACGGACUGCGAGUAGAAGCCUCCCCAUGUGGGUCUGAGGGCAAGAGCAGGGCGCCACCCGAGGCUGGGCCCCCUGCAGAGCCCGCGUGUUCCCCUCUGUACACGCCCGGCUUGGAGUUCCCCAGCUCCGCCACACGGUACCAUGUAGGCCCAGGCCUGCAGCCUGUGGGUCCUGUGAUGGGGGGCAAGCCUCCAGCCCCGCACCCUCCACCCUUUCCCCCUCGGGCAUUUCAGUCUCAUGACCCUCAUUCUGGAGUCUUCCCUCGGUACCGCCCCCACCAGGGCAUGCGGUAUCCCUAUCAGCCACCACCGCAGCCUUCCUACCACCACUACCCGCGGACUCCUUACUACUCGUGUCCACAGGGCUUCUCAGACUGGCCAAGACACCUCGCAGCCCCUGUAAGCCUGAGCGGCCCCCCCCCAGCUCAGCCCACCCCUGCCAGGCCCCUCUUCCCCGACAAGAGCGCUGUGACGGGGCUGCAGGGCUGCGAGGUGCUAAGUGCUGCCUUAACGCCCCCCGCGCGGGUGGACGCGGUGGAGGCUCUGGGCGCUGCCUUAACUUCGCCCACGCGGGUGGACGCCGUUGCUGCCAAGAUGGCCGAGGGGCAGAACCCCAGCCCCGAGGGCAAGCAGGAUGAGUCUGUGGAGCAGCCAGAGAGCCCCAAAGAGUUCCUGGACUUGGAUAACCACAACGCGGCUGCCAGGCGGCAGGGCUCCUUGUCGGCCAGCGAGUGUCUCUACGGCGCGCCCCCAGCCCCGCUGGGCCCAGGCAUGGCUUUCGGUUCACCCGCCUUCCCCCCACACGCAGUGAUGCUGCACGCCGGGCCGCCUUACCCCCCACAGCGGCCAGCCACGCAUUUCCAGCCCAGGGCUUACGCCUCCCCCUCGGCUACUCACCCGCCUCACCGCCCAGUGGCGGCCCAGCCCAACGGCCUGUCCCCAGAGUGCCCCCUCUACCGUUACCCUGAGGAGGGCCUGGGCCACUUCCAGGCCGUGAUGAUGGAGCAGAUGGGCCCCGGAAGUGGGGCGAGGGCAUCCUUCCAGGAGAUGUACAGACCGUCCGGACUGCAGGGGCCCUCGGUCCAGUCCCGGCCCUCGUUCCCAAAGACGCCGGCACCAGCGGCAUCGCAGGAGGAGCUGCCCCCCCAGAAGCCACCAACGCUUCCACUCGAUCAGAGCUAGUCCCAGGAGGAGACAAGCCCCAGGGAAACAGAGAGCUGCAAGUGGAGAAUGGGGCCCGGUCCCACCCGCCUCUCCUGUCACCAGCAUCACGUCGUGUGUGGCCUGAAGCCUGGAUGCCCCUCCUCACGACUCAUGCGCUCGCAAAGUCCUGGGCGAAAGUGGGGACCAGACAGGCUGGACUCCGGUGGUUUCUGCAGGCCCUGGACACUUGUUCAGGGAAGACCAUCCUGACCGGGGGCGGUGCUGGUGGGCUGUCAUGCAGCUGCACUCCGGUAGCCGUCUGGGGACAGAACUCUUGUGUGGGUGUGUUUGGAGCUGGGUCCAGUUUACAGAGUUUUCAUGUUGCCUUUAUGAUGAUUUCUGUCAGUGGUGAAUGUAUUGUACAUACAGCGGGGAGGGCGGGUGAUGGGGAUAGAGUCUGGCCGGUGGGCCCGCAGCCCUGCUGACCCCCUGUGUUUACAGCCCUUUCCCACUCACUCUUGGGGGGCUGCAGGAGGGGCACACCUAGCCGCUGCUGUUCCUCUGACGGCUCUUCCCCUCGGGCAGCUGCCUCGCCUGGCGCUCCCCCCUUGCCUGGCACCCAGGUCAUGGUCCGAGAUAGCAGUGCCCCUCCUGGCUGGCCAGCUGCCUGCCAGAUAGGUGUAAACCAGUAUCAGGAGCAUUUGCUCGUUGGAAGGUGCGGUGGCGCAUCCCGUCCAGACCUGCCGGGACUGUGGUCUGGAAGGCGUCACAAGCUUCCUGCACAAAUCACAGUUUGUGGCAGUGACUACUCAGGUUUGUAUAUGCUUAGUGUCAAUAAAGAAGCUGCACAGUUUUUAAUAGGAAAAAUGUAUCCUAUAGAUUUACAGCUUGAAUUUAGGAAUAUUUCAGUAUAUAUAGUUUUUAUCCAUUUUAUGUGAAUAUAGUAAAAUACGUCGUGGUGAUUUAAAAUAGCUGUCGAGAACAAGUUCUUGAAGUCACUUGUCUGUGAUAGGAAACAGUUUUACAGUAUUCAGUUACUUUAUUAUGGUUUUAGAAGCAAGCGACACUGGAUUCUCCCUGUUUAGCAUUCUUUGAGUUUAGCUGAGAUGCCACCAAAGUUAGGACUCCUGUUUUAAGCUUUUGAAUAUCCCACAAAAGCAAAGGAGGAAGCAACUGAAGUGGGAGAUACCUUGAAGUCACAGGUCUUUGUAAAAAUAGCGUACUUCUAAGCAUGCCUUUGAGAUAGUAGAAAAGCUUGCAGGAAACAUUGGUUGGUUGAUCUGCGCUUGUUCUUAUAAAUUCAGCUGUGUGAGGGGCCAAGAGAACCUUCCAUCCAGCCCCAGCGUCCUUGCUGAAGCUGGAGCAGACCCGCGCUUCAGUAGUAGAGUCCCCGCGGAGACCAACGCCAGCUCCAGACACCCAGAUGCUGCGCUCAGGCAGGGGGAGUGCUAGGAACGCAGGUGCCUUCCAGACAUGCUCAGAAACAUGAUUUUUUUUUUUAACAGACUUAUUUAAACUUUAAAUUUGGCAUGCUUUCAAGUGGGGCAAGUUUGGGGGCUGUGUUCUCAUUGGAUUCUGGUUCUUGUUGGAGCCCUGUCACGGGCGUGAUGUCGUUCAAGGUGGGGACAUCAGCAUCGGCAUUUGGGAAGGAUGGGGAAGGGUCGUGGACAGAUCCAGCUUUGCUCUCUAGCAGUGAGGGAACAUGCUUGGCACACUCAGCCUCCAUGUGUGUCUAUACACCAGCUGGGAGGGGAGACCGUGGCCCCUGCCUCUGUUCCCAGUCCAGAGCCUGCUUGGGUGCAAGGCCUCGGGCACCCUUGCCUUGAGGGGAACCAGGCCAGGGUAGGGCCAGGAGGACUAUGGCAAUCCUGCCCAUUCCGUCUGCCCACCAUGCACAGCCUUCUGGUGGCUCAGCCCCCCAGCCCCGACCCCAUCUCCUGCUGCCCCAGAGCCUCCCUUCGGGGUGAGCAGAAAGGCCAGGCACUGGGAGCCCUGUUGGGAGUGAGGCUCUGUGCUGCGUUGCCCCACAGGGCUACCCCCGUUCAGGGCCCGUGCACUCUUCCCGACCAGAACUAGCCUGGGAGGAGGUCCUGGGGCGGUAUUCCCCUGGGACCGCUGCCACCUGUCAGGGACCUGGAGGACUCCUGUCCACCACUCACCUUAGAGUCGUUAUGUUAGAAACCGUCUUCCCCAGACCCAGGAGAGAGAAAAGAUCCAGAGAGCAAACAAGAGCCUUAUGGAAUGUUUCUGGCCUUGAGUUUUUCCCCUCUUGUAAGAAGAGCUGUUGGCUAAAACUUACUAGGCUGAAGACAGGUGGAGGCCGAGUGGCAACAGCCGCGUGGACUCCUGUUCAGAACCUUUUCUUGUCCCGCUUUCAGUGAGACUAGUGCUGCCGUGCCCAUCUGCCUCACUGGGGUCAGCAGGGCGUCCUCCCUGGGCGGGGCCGGGUGACUCUCAGAAGGCUGCCUUUCGUGUGGACUGAGUGCCUUCAGCCCCCGGCCAGCUUGGCCCCUAGACCCCGGGAGCAUCCUUGUGACUUGUGCCGGUUCCUGCCAGUUCCAGGAGUGGGCCGCGUGGGCUCAGGGUUUUCUCGCUUUUUGAAAGUUUCCAUCUCAGCCACACACACGGCUCUCAGGUCCUGGUUUGGAUUCUCCCAGGAUCCCUCAGCCAGCAGCCCCAAGGCAGGGACCCUUGGAGAGCAGCUGCAGCCAGCGAGUCAGAGCCCAGGGGAAGGGCCAGGGUGCCCCCAAGGAGAGUGGGGCGCCUGGGAGGCAGGCUGUUCAGCCUCCGCCCCUUGGGUGCGGGUUCCCCUUCCAGGGGCUGGCCCUCAACUGAGACUUGGUUCCUCCUGUUCUGGGUCUGGACUCUCCCUGGGGCGCUGGGCCUUCCCUGCUGUGUCCUCAUGUGAGGCGGGUGCGAGCCUGACCUCCAGCUGCUCCAUCCUCCUGUGCUUCAUGGGCCCUGGCCAAGCAGAUGGUCAGCGGCAUCGCCGCCUGGUCUCUCCCUUGCUGAGCCCUUGCGGCUGAUGUGGAAAAGCCUCUUAACCAGCUGAGUGUCCUGUGUGUUUGGAGAGGGUGGUGGGCCUGGGAGUGAGGCACUGAACGCUGCCCCCAGCUGGGCCCACGCCCACUCUCCUGCUGCAGAUUCCUGUGCGUGAUCCUGGCCAGUACUGGGAAGGGGAAUGCUAUUUAUUUUUAUAUUGUGUAUAUUUUGUCUGGUCUGCUGAUCCCGUUUCACUGAGAGCCACAGUUACCUCAGUACUUAGUUCUAUACUGUGUGUUGGAUAAUUUUUUAAAACAACUGUUUAAAAAUCUUUUUGAUCCUUGGAGGUCUGUAGAUUUAUUUCCAUAUGAAUUGGUUAUUUUGUAUAAAGUACAUUCUUAAAAGA